GUCAUUUCAUCUAUCAGAAUUUGUUCUUUUUCCUUGAACAUCAAAGCUUAUAUUUUUGCUAUAUAACACAUACAAAUUAGAAGUAUAGUUGUUCAAGAUCGCGUAGUAUAUUCUGAGGAUUCUGCCAUAUUUAAUGUAGCGGGGACGCGUUGUACCGCGUGGAUAUGUAGACGGGGCCCCGUCUGUGUAUGAACCCUCUGGCAUCGAGGUGAUUUCAAUGAUCAACACGAUGUCACAUCACUCUACCAAUUCAAGCUCCCGCGGCCGACAUCCUGCUUACAUACCUCCUGAAGCAUCUCAUCUCAUCUCAUCUCAUCCCCUUCCGUCACAUCGAGUCACACAAAGACUCAAGCCAUCCUCUGCAACAUAAUUGCUUGUCACGCAUUCCAUCCACUCGGAAGACAAGAUGUACGAUAACGCAAGACGAAUUGCUGGUGCAACGGGUCCGACCCGCCCUAACCGCCCGUAACGUCUUCCACACCCUUCCGAUAGGCCAUAUUGCCCGGUGUUGGACUUCUUUCGGACGAGAGAUCGAAAUCCAUGUUGCAUGAUCGUACGAUCAUGUGACGUGCGCUAGGUCGUUGAGGAGGUGGCCUCGUGGCUGAAGUCGGCUGAACACUCGCAUCGUCUGACCCAACGAUCAGAGGCAAGGUCAAGAAACCACUCCAUUCAGAAGGGGCUUCGCUUCCUUAAGGUGUUCUGACGUUGAUGUUGUUGAAAGUCACGACCGGUCACGUGCCCGCACAACUUCAUUUUCCGAGGUGGCAUGAAAUGCGAGGCUGCGGGUCGGCCUCGUUAUCAACACCGUCCAUUGAGUACAACGCCAUCCUGAAUACUAUUCGAAACUAUAUCCCUUAACAUAUAUACCUCUUCCAUCACAUCUCAUUUCCUUCUGUUGCGCAGCAUUCCUUCAUCACCAUCCACACAGCCCCUAUUCCACCCAAGUUCAAGACAAGGUCUAGCUACGAAACAUUCCCCAGCUCGACUCUGCCCCAUUUUUCCUAUCACCAAAAAGAAGCUCGGCAGAAGCCGCGAUCCCCUCCUUUUUUUUCAUCUGAUACAUUGAUUGUGCCAUGAUCGCUCGCUUACGUUCCAGGGAUCCUUGGCUCGGGACUUGAGACGACAGAGGAUUUGCUUGGAGAUGUGUUUGCUUGGUUUUGAUCUUCAAAACAGGUUCCUCUCUUCGUCCUUUCAUCUGAACUUAGGGUUUGCUGUCGUCACUUUGUCAGUCGAGUUUGGGUGGCUGACAGAAACUCAAAACGAAGGAACUACAAGUCUUAUUUAUGCCAACUGUUUGUCACUUGCUUUGGGACGAGCACGUCAAAACUGCGUGUUUCGAGACGUUACCAAGUGGAUAAUCCACGCUGUCGAACCCCAUCAUUCAGGAGAACUUCAAGUUGAAGGAAGAAUGAAGACUGCUUUGGUCCAAGACAUUAAGUCAACUUUUUCAAACACCGCCACAGAUUUCUCGCAAUAGUGCCGCUGAUAUCUCUAGAUCUCGAGCUGAAGCUCUCCAAACGUGCUCCAAAACCUCCUGUUUCUCCUUUUUCUCCUAGAUCCUGUCCACUCGCAACUCAUCCCUUUUUGACCCACGCAUAAGCGACAAGCUUCUUCACCAAGAGCCAUCACCCCAUCAGAUCCGUCGAUCAGCUGCGGUUGACCCACACAUCACAGUCUGAGGUAAGCAUAGCCUCUUCGUCUGAUGUUUAUUCCCUCAAGUAUGGUUGUUUCACGUCGUCGAAUUCUCUGAAUGGGACGUAAGUCCCUUGUCAUUCAGACGGAUCAAGACAAGUAGGGUGGGAUCAGGAUCCUACUUGAAUAGAAAUGUCUAGCUUCGGCGUUCCGAUGAAAGCAUAGCUAGACUCGCGAGUGAGUGAGUGAGUGAUCCUGGCGGGUUUUCCCUUCGUCAGAAGUCUUCGGAUGGAAGACUUAUAAACAGUAGGUUUGGCCCUUCGUUUUUAGAUCAUCAAGACUGCGCAUUCCUUCCAGUCUUGCCUUGGGCCUCCCAUUCUUUCUUGAUUUGACAUCAACAUUCUUUUCCUUCUCACGAUUCUUAUCCUAUCAAUCAAUAUGUUCAGCAUGAAGUCUGAUCUUCUUUCGUUCGCGCUAGUCGCAGUUUUCACUUCUUCUACUCUUGCUGGCCCAAUCGAUUCAUCCCAAGGAAAUGAAGUUAAGCGAGGCCUAUUUCGCGCCUCACAAAUCACAACUACAGUCGGUGCAGAGCCCGCUGCAGCAGCUUGCACACCUUGUGCUCCUGGCUCUGUUCAGAUUGUCACAGUCACUGAGACAGUCACACCAUCUGCACCUCCUCAAUCCGUUCACACUGUCACUGUUGUCCAGUCUGCGGAUGGCUCCGUUCAAACACCACAUACAAUCACCCUCACUCAGACCCAGGCUUCCACCAUCACUGUCGUGGAAUCAGCCAAUGGCGUUGUUUACACUCCUCAAGUUGUCACCAUCACGCAAAUCAAUUCCGUCUCCCCUCCUUCAGCUGAAGGCCAACAACUUGUCACCGUGAACGGGGGUAACGUUGUGAAUGGCGUCGCCGCCGCGUCCUCAACUUCUGCCAGCCACAAGGUCGUCACAAUAACAGUCGGCGGCUCAGCAAGUGUCGCUACACUCAGCUAUGACCAAACAGUCGUUACCGUUCCCGGUGCAGCAGGCUCUCAACCCAGCGUUGUGACCGUCACGGAUGGCAGCCCAGCCUCAAAUGCCGCACAUCCAAGCGCCGCACCAGGCGUCUACCCACCUUUUUCAAACAACAACUCUCCUGGCCGAGGCAAAGGCAAGGGCAAGGGCAAUGGCAAGGGAAAUACAUCCAUCACAGUCAACAUCAUUGUCAUCCAAUUCAUCAUGCCCGGCCAAGCAAGCAUCAUCACGCAAUCCUUCGCCGGUCAAAACGUCACAUCGUUCGUCUCCAGCCCACCCAUCACGGUAAUUUCGACUCUCACCGUGACUGGGGGAGCUGCCGUUACAAACCUACCUGGUGUACAGAACGGCACUGCAACAAUCAUCAGCAACAACACUGUCGUCUUGAAUGAGACUGCCCCAUACGCCAACGGCACGGAUCUCGCUCUCAACGUACCAGCGCCUAUCGCUCUGAAUGAGACUGCUCUCCCACUGGCAAACGCUACCGCCCCAGCAGUAAACCUCACUUUGCAGACCCCUCUAAAUGAGACAGCUCCCAAGCCGGAUCUCGUAGCAGUGCCUGCGAACGUGACGCUCCCAGCACCACCACCAGGAAACAUCACGGAUCUUGCUCUCAACGUAACAGCGCCUAUUGCUCUGAAUAAGACUGCUCUCCCAUUGGCAAACGCUACCGCCCCAGCAGUAAAUCUCACUUUGCCAACACCUCUGAAUGAGACAGCUCCCAAGCCGGAUCUCGUAGCAGUACCAGCGAAUGUCACUCUCCCAGCACCACCACCAGCAGCAAACGUCACGGCUCUCGCUGCUCAAAACAUCACUGCUCCCCCUCUAUCACCUACUCCAGAGUUGAACGUCACCGCUCCAGCACUCAACAAAACAGCCUGCACUCCAAAAUCUCCUCCCCCAGGAUUGAACAUCACUGCUCCGCCUCCCGCUCCAACACCAGCAAACGUCACAAAACUCGCUGCACAGAACGUCAAUGCUCCUUCACCACCGCCUACCCCAGAGUUGAACGUCACCGCUCCAGCACUCAACAAAACAGCCUGCACUCCAAAAUCUCCUCCCCCAGGAUUGAACAUCACUGCUCCGCCUCCCGCUCCAACACCAGCAAACGUCACAAAACUCGCUGCACAGAACGUCAAUGCUCCUUCACCACCGCCUACCCCAGAGUUGAACGUCACCGCUCCAGCACUCAACAAAACAGCCUGCACUCCACCAUCUCCUCCCCCAGGAUUAUACAUCACCGCUCCGCCUCUCCCUCCAGCACCAGCGAACGUCACAAAACUCGCUGCACAGAACGUCAAUGCUCCUUCACCACCGCCUACCCCAGAGUUGAACGUCACCGCUCCAGCACUCAACAAAACAGCCUGCACUCCACCAUCUCCUCCCCCAGGAUUAUACAUCACCGCUCCGCCUCUCCCUCCAGCACCAGCGAACGUCACAAAACUCGCUGCACAGAACGUCACUGCUCCACCACCGCUGCCACCGACCCCAGAAUUGAACGUUACUGCUCCAGCACCACCUCCACGAGCAGCAGCACUCAACGAAACAGCUCCUUAUGCACCUUCACCUGUCUCAGCACCAGCACCAGCACCAGCACCAGUGUUGAACACCACCUCUCCUGUACCAGUCGCAGCUCCAGCUCCAGCUCCAGCUUCAGAGAAAGCACCAGCAAAGGCACCAGCAAAAGCACAACUCCCCCCUAACAAAACACCACCCGCCACGCUCCCCACGCCCGUAACGACUCUCCUUCCUUCAAAACCUUCAGUACUUUCUCCUCCCACACCAUCACCACAAUCAUCCGCUUCAUCAACACCACCAUCUCCAUCUCCAUCUCCUUCUCCUGCGCCGGCCAAACAAGCAGUAGAAGCAGUCGCAGGAGCAGGAGUAGGAGCAGGAGCAGGAGCAAGCUACCCCGCCUCUCCAGCCCCUGUAUCUGUAUCUGAAUCGUCAACCCCUCCUGCAUCAGCGCCAACCCCACCACCACCUUCAAAAGCACAAGCAAAAACAAGCACAUAAGCAUCUAUCUACCUCUUGUUGAAAAAUCUGCGAGUUGCAUUGCAUUACAUUGCAUUGCAUGUAUAUGAUAUGAUUUGGAGCUCUGCUCUGCUUUGUUAGUCUGCUCUGAUCUGAUCGAGCAGGUCUCGAAAUUUUAAAGUUAAAGUUAAACAAACUCUUGUUGCGAUUUUAUUGCUAUUCGAGUUACUACUACUCUUUUCUUGAGACUCUCAUUUACACAUCACUCUACAGUAUAGUCAGACUCUCUCUGGCCUUUUCUUCAAAACUGGUUACUAGGAGAAGAGGGUGCUAGGAAAGGAUGGGAUGGGGUGGGGGUGGGGGAGGGAUGGGUUGUAUAGGGAUGUUGAAUGUAUCUAUCUAUGUCCUUACAUGUAUGUGUGGAUGUAUGUAUGUAUAUGAC